GCGGUACGCGCACAGUUUGGACACUUGUCUGGACCACAUGAUUUUACGGUAUGGAUUCCUUGGAUAUUUAUUAUGGCGAUGGCUUCCCGCCACAUGUAGCUGAGGAGUACCCACAGAACCCACCCGCCUGUCGCUUUUCUGUGGGCAGCGAACAGGCACCGUUGCCCCUGCCUCAAUAUACUCACUUCGAUGACAGAGGUAAAGUGGAUCUGGUACCUUACGACCUGCCACCUUGCCAACUCUCUAUUCCCGAAGAUAUCCACACCCAUGAGUACCUGUCAGGGAAAGAACGAGCUCCGGAUGACUACCAGCAGAUUCCGCGGCGACCCCGACCCCCUGAACCCGGUGGGCAUGUUGCAUUUCCCUGGAUGAGGACCUCCAGAUCACAUCCACAGCAUUCACCUAUACAAGGAGGUUACCUCGAUGACCCUGACGAACACAAGCGAAGUCGGACAGCCUACAGUCGAGCUCAGCUUCUGGAGCUGGAGAAGGAGUUUCUUUUCAACAAAUACAUCUCUCGACCCCGGAGGUACGAACUUGCUACGACACUAAACCUCACAGAACGGCACAUCAAAAUAUGGUUCCAGAAUCGACGGAUGAAAUGGAAAAAAGAGGAGACAAAGAAGCGAGACACGGAAGUGAGGCCCACUGACCUCGAGCAAAAACAAACUGCUCCCACGAGCUGAGAGUAAUACUUCAAGGACAAUCGGAUUCGAAUCUUCAUUUAAAACUUGAGGACUGAACAAGUGUUCAUUUAUUACAUUGUAAUUACAUUGUCACCAGGGUUAUUUAGGAUAAUAAAUAAUGUGUUCACAAAUACCCGUGUUGUCGCUGAAGUCAUGUGAGGACACAGGUAGGACAUCAUA